CGUCUAGAAGUGAACAUCUGUCGGUUCGUGUGAUUCGGAACGUUUUUUUUUGUUAUACACCCUGGAGAGUGCUAGUGUGAAAUUUCAAUCUGCUAGGUUUAUGCUUUACCUGUGUGAAUGUUAAGAAGCUUAGAGAGCUGAAUUCCAAUCAUGCUUAAAAAAACACUGAAGAUGCCAGGCGAGGAUGGAGUUGUCUCAAAUGAACCAAAACGACGAGUCAGUAUCAUUACGGAGCCAAUCUCGGAGGCCAGAGUGGGACACGACAAUUUUGGAUUCGAGCCGAACAAACGGAAAAUAUCACAACAUUCUCAUCACUCAGAGGAAGGUCCAGUGAGGAGAAAAAGUAAUCUCCACAAUGCAAACGCAGAUAGUUCCAAUAACAAAAGCUUGGAUCAACGAAAUGGCGAAGUUAGGAGUAAAAAACCAUCAUUCUCUGACGCGUUUGCUAAAAUUAAUCAAGAAUACGAAAACGCUCAGCAAAAUGCACAUUUAGAACAAUCAUGGAUAUAUGCUCUCUGCAUGCGAUGUAGAGAAGAAUACACCACUCCAUCAUGGGAGCCUCCAGGAUGGCAAAGGAUUUGUCCAUAUCCUCUCUGUCCGCCGUAUCGACAAAUAGCGAGAAUUAUAUCUAUUAUUUUAAUAGGUGUUUUGCUGUGGAUUACGGCAUAUGUCAUCAUUGGAGAUUCUGCGGCCCCCGGAGGACAGUUAUUUCAGCUUGUAGUAUUAACAGUUGCAGCCAAUUUCGGAGGAUUUCUUAUUUCACUUACAACGUUACCGAGACUGAUAGGAAUGUUAUUAGUUGGUCUCUUAUUUCAGAAUGUCGGUUGGGUCAAUCUAGAUGGAGAAUUUACGAAAGUUACUGCUGAGCUUCGAAAAAUUGCUUUAACUAUUAUACUUACCCGUGCUGGAUUAGAAAUGGACCCGCAUGCAUUUAAAAAAGUGUACAUCACGAUUCUGAAACUCGGUCUCAUACCUUGGAUUGUUGAAUUUGGUCUGAUAGGAGUACUGACACAUUUUUUCCUGGAGUUACCUUGGUUAUGGAGUUUGUUAUUGGGAUCCAUUAUCGCUGCAGUUUCUCCCGCAGUAGUGGUCCCUUGUCUGUUCAGACUGAGAACAAAAGGCUACGGCGUUGCAAAAGGUAUACCGACGCUGAUAAUAGCUGUAGCUGGAAUAGAUGACGCCGCAUCUGUAGCAGUAUUUGGUAUCAUGACAAGCAUCAUGUUCACUGCGAAAGGAUUAGCAUUUCAAAUAGCACAAGCACCUGUUUGUAUAUUCGGCGGUCUUGGAUUUGGUGUUUUUUGGGGUGCCCUUUGCAAAUACAUACCUGAAAGAGAAGAUGCUUACGUAGUUCCUAUAAGAACCUUAAUGCUUUUCGGGGGUGGAUUAUUAGCAGUUUUCGGAAGUGAAAAAAUACAUUUUGAAGGAGCAGGUCCAUUGGCUGUAGUGUUUGCAGCAUUUACUGCCUCAUAUUUCUGGUGUGGUGAUGGAUGGGAGUUGGAGGACAAUCCUGUUUCGACAGCAUUUGAAAUUUUUUGGAUGAUAUUCGAGCCUAUUCUCUUUGGAAUAACCGGAGCGUCUAUCAAGAUUCGAGAGCUGGAUCCUCAUAUUGUUUCAAUUGGUAUUGGAUGCAUUUAUACCUGUAUCAUAAUUCGUAUAAUAGUAACGGCUGGCAUCGCAUUUGGAGACCAGUUGAACGUUAAAGAAAAGAUUUUUGUAGCCGUGUCGUGGAUGUCCAAAGCCACCGUGCAAGCCGCACUGGGACCUGUUGCUUUGAAAACGGUGACAACACAGCAUCGACCGCAUGAAGAGCAUCACUUUGCCGAACUUGUAAAAAAUUUUUGCAUUCUUAGUAUCAUCUUAUCAGCCCCACUAGGUGCUUUACUUAUAUCUGUGACAGGUACAAAGCUUCUUAAGAAAACGAAACCAAUCACAGAACCACCAGAAGGUUGGCGGCGUAGUCAUCGGCCGUCUCUGCACGAUAUAAGCAUCAUUGACGAGGAUGAAGAGCGUGAAGAUAUCGAAGGUAUUGCUGAUGAAGAUACAGCAGCAAAUACAUUGUCGAAUGCUCAAACGAGCUCAGUAUUCGCAGUUACAAAGUAACGCAGUAUGAUAAUUAUUGUAAAGGUUAUUUAUGUUGUAUAGAAUUGUAAAUACUAUUUAUUGAAUCUAGGCGUAAGUUUCUCGCAAGUACAGUUAAGUCCCUACUUUCAAUAUAGCAGAUUCCAAAUAAACACACUUAUUUUGUGUAAAUAGAACAUUUUCGUGUCUUUCUACCAUUAUAUCAAGCAACAAAGUAAUAAACGUACCUCUGAAUCA